AUGAACCGCGUCUGCCUGGCUCGCCUGACCGGGGCGCGGGCGUCGCUGGCGCAGAGCGUCAGAGGGGUGGCCGGUCAGGAGCGCCUGGAGCUGGAGACGCGUCAGGGCGCUCCGGGCGUCAGAGGCGCGGUGGAACAGGAGAAGCCCGAACUCGAGGUCCGCUCGGACGUCUUCUCGGCCCGCCCCACGCGGAGCCUCUUGCGGACGCUGGCCAUCUAUCAAGUGUGUGCCGUGGACCGAAUCGUUGACAAUAGUCUACAGCUGCUACGAUUGGGCGAACGGCUGCUGGGCUCACGCCUGCUGCAGCUGUUGGCGCAGCCGUUCUACCGGCAGUUCGUGGCUGGUGCCGAGCAGCGCGAGCUGGCGCAGGUGGCCGCCACGCUGCAGCGCGACAACAUCCAGCUGAUGUUGACCAGCAUGCUUGAGGCCGACGUAGACGAGGAGGCAGCCAGCGAGCGGCAGCUGGAGGCUAACCUGGAGGAGGCUCUCCGGGUUCUGACCAUCGUCCGAGAGGUGACGGCCGGCCAGGACCAGGCGGCCCUCCAGGCCAAGUUCACGGCCCAUCUGAACGCCGACCUGCUGGUGCAUAUCUCGCGGGUAUUCUCCUCCAGCGAGAGCCCGUCCAGUCUAGUCGAGCAGUUAGCGAACGCCAUGGUGACAUCAGAUCAGGUCAGCGUACCAGGCUUGACGUCAGAACAGCAGUACGCCUGGGACUCGUGCGUUCGCCGCCUGAAGACGCUGGGCGAGGCCUGCGCAGACAGCGGCAUGCUGAUGUUUGUGGACGGCGAGUUCACCUACACAAACCCGGCCAUCUCCUGGCUGACGCUGGCACUGAUGGCGGUGUUCAACCAGCGGGAGGCCUUCAUCAGGGGCACCCACCAGUGCUACCUCAAGGCGACGCCAGCUAACCUGGAGCGCGAGUACGCCAUCUGUCAGCAGCUGGGCGCAUGUUUUGGCGGGAAACUGGUGCGCGGCGCGUACAUGGCGCGUGAGCGACAGCUGGCGCAGCAGGAGGGGCGUGCCAGCCCCGUCUGCGACAGUUAUGAGGCGACCACGCUCAGCUAUACGCGUGCUGUGGAGUUUGCCCUGCGACGUGUGGCGGAGGACGGUGGGCGCACCCAGAUCAUGGUUGCCACGCACAACCACGAGUCCAUCCUGCACGCGCUCGGGCUGGCGCGCCGGCUGGGCGUGGUGCCCUUCAGCGGUGGCCUCGCCUUCGCCCAGAUCUACGGCAUGGCCGACUACCUGACGGUUGCCGCUGGGACGCGCUGGUCACCGCGUCUUUAA